AUGGAGACAAGGGGUUUGGAGAAGAAGAGGUUAAUCGAGGAGGAUUGGAACUCCAUAGCCAAACGACCACUCUCAAGAACUGACUUUCCUCCGGAUUUCCUCUUCGGUGUCGCCACUUCCGCUUACCAGGUUGAAGGAGCUUGUAAUGAGGGUGGUAGGGGUCCUAGUAUUUGGGAUGCUUUUUCACAUACUCAAGGCAAGAUUUGUGAUGGAAGCAAUGGGGAUAUAUCAGUGGAUCAAUAUCAUCGUUACAAGGAAGAUAUUGACCUUAUAGCUAAGAUGGGAUUUGGCGCCUAUCGUUUUUCCAUAUCAUGGUCCCGCAUCUUUCCUGUUAAUAUGGUCGUUUGA